GCGGGGCCUUACUCUAAAUAUAAUGAAUAUUCCCGCGCGCGGCACACGAACUAUGACUAUCUUAAAUUGACGGCAAAAGACAAAACAAAGAAGGAAACUCAAUUCUUCAUCCAGAAAUUCCGAAUUUUCCUUCGUUACGACAACGGUAUUACAUGCAAAAGCAGCCCUGACUCGGGUUAAAAGGUCUUGUGAGUCUAAGGCCUGUCGUUCAGCAUUAAGUAAUCGGAUCCAAAUAAAUCUGCGUACAGAGGUUUGAGCUCUUUUUUUGGUCCUCAUACUUCAUAAAAACUGAUUCUUCCAACUCCCCUCUUUCCUAUUAAUCAAAUCAAGCAACGCCAGGCCGGUUUAGCAUUCGUUAGAAACACACUUAUUUAAGAUAUUAACUACUCGCCCUCUUCCCGAGUAAAGAAAAGGUGCUAAGACACUGUGAUCAUUCAUUCUAUUUUUCGGUCGAUUUGCCAAACUCAUUUUAGAGAGAGAUCGCCUUAUCAACUAGAGGGCAAGGCUUCUUUUAAAUAAUGAAUUCUAACAAAUUCUUAAUUCUUAAUUGGACGUGCACUUAUCUGUGUCACUCACAAGCAUCAGGUGCACUCUACUUGUGAUUGACAAGAAUGGUUUUGUUGUGCCUCUCUACACCAUUGAAGAGGCGGACUGUACAGCUGCACAGUCCGCCUCCAGAGUGUUAGUCUGCAGGCAGAGACUUGUCAUCGGGAUUCUUGCUUUAAUCCGUACCGACAUUCCUUUCAUUUUAGCCUUAUUCACGAAAGUAUACGGAACAAGCUUGCUGCUUUUGAUUAACUUGUCGCUACUUCUGACCCCUCUCACAUUCGUUUGAGUGGCUUUGCCCCCUCUUAUCUUAGGGCCCUCUUGGAAAUGUACCCUGCUCCUUCUACGGAUGCUAGUAUCCUUGUUCUUCUACUCGCAGGCAGGGCUGCUCUUGCUGCUCUUGCUAUUGUUGCUAGGGUCCUCUUCUCCUAUUGGUUGCUAGUCCCGGGCUUCUAGGACAAAGUGUAAAGAAAAGAGUUCUAGUUCUUCUGAUUAAGUAUAGAAAGAGGAGUUUCAGAAUGAAGUGAGCCGGCUUCGGCCAACGAAUGAAGUUCUUUAGUAGAUUAUCUGGGCAUAGUUGAGUUAGGAGCGAGGGAGUUGGAGUUCCAUUUACUAGCUAUAUCCCUUAGUAUCCUCUUCUUCUCGGGAAAGGUCAGUUACAACUAGGGAUAGAGGACAGUCACAUUCCUAUUAGUAGGGGGAGUGCCUAAACAUGAGUUAGGUGACCAGUAUGAAAGCAUAACGGCUUUGGGCAAGCAACUACUCUAACUCUAAAGGCUACCAUGACAACAGGGGCUUAGUCCGGGCCGGUACUUUUCCCAUCCUGUGGAUCAAGGCUGUGAUAAAAGCCUGUUUUGUAAAGCCAGUUAAAGGCCAGCAAAUGCAAUCUCUGAGUAUAAGUAAAUUGCUUUUACUUUACACCGGUGUGAGACCCCCCUUUUCUUUUUAUUCCUUGUGCGAACCAUUUCCAGGACUGGACUCCAUUUUAUAAAACCAGUGAAGAUUUUUUUCUCUUCUCAAUGUCGUGCCAGCCGAGGGAAUAGUUUACAGGCAAGUUACAUUUGCUGUGGAACCAGUCGAGGCUGGUCAAGAUCAAUAGGCCAAGUUACUUUGAAUUCCAAUUGGAGUUCCCUUUGUAAGCCCUGCUCCCGGAAAGUUCCCUGCCGAGCUUGUUGAAGUUUUAGAAACCACUUUGCUUUGCCGGGGAAGAACUCCGAAUGAAUACCUUUCGCCUGUGAUUGGAUGCCCUGAUCCAAUGGCUUCAUGCCCAAGGGGAAAGGGGAGCGCACUCUUUAUGAUUUCACUAGCCGUCGUAGAAGGAAAAUCCGAUCUAUGCCCAAACCACCAGGACGAGAGAAUCUGUAUCUGAUCCUUCCUGGGAGUGGGAGGAGACAGAGUCAAAUCAAUCGACAACAAAAGGAGUCACUCGUGGCACACUGACUAUAUUCCAACUUCUCUGCAUCAAUGCACUCACUACCUUUCUAGCCAAGUCAAGCAGUCUUUUCAAGAAGAAAGUCACAGUCACACCGCUACUACUAUUCUAACAGCUACCGAUUCUCAUCCGAGGAGAACGGAACUACCUUUAGAGUAGAGCUAACUGCUGCAGUUACGCCUCCAACAGAUGAAAUCGCACCGUCGUCUUCCCGAGAACCUGCAUGGGAUUCGUGAACAGGAAAAGAGAAGCGGGCGGGCGAAGCUGCUUUUGCGGGGGUACAUUAGAUACUGGGCAGGCUUGAACAAGCUCAGAAUUAAGUGAGGUCAUAAUAUGAUCGCUUUUUUCCUCUAUCUCUUUUUGUAGGCAGAACAGCAGAUUUGGAUCAGUGAAAGCAUCCUUAUUCAUACCUAUUUUCAGAAGCAUUUCAAAGACUUAUUGGGAGUCAGUCUUUCCCACAUUUUAAUCAUCAUUCCAGAACUUAUUCUUUUUCCUCUUUAGAGCCUUGAACACCUUGUCCAUGAAAACCAAUAUCUUGAUUCCGGAACCAUAGGAAUAACGUCUAUGCAACAUGUCAUCCAUGUGAUGAGCCGGCCACUUUAUAUCCUCAGGAACCUUCUCCGAAUGGAAUAGCCCAAGAGCGGGUUCACUCUCAUUAUUCUCUAUCUCUUUCUUAUUCUUAGUUGUGGGACUCUUCUCUCUCUUUGUGGCCUUAUCCUUAGCUGUUGAACUCUUUUUUUACUUUUGAGUUCUCUUAGUGGCUGGGGCUUUCUCAGACGAAGGUAGAGCGGCGUCGCCCUCGAUCUUAGACAGUUUAGGUGUCUGCAUAGCAAUGUCCUCGGUUGACGCCAUAUCCGCAUUCUCAGAAUCCGCAUUCAUUGAUAUAUCAUUAUUCUCCCUCUCUAUUGACGUCUCCCCCUCAGUCUUGGCGCUUUCUCCCUUAUUACCCAUGUCUUCUUCACUCGAGGAUGCCAUAGCAUCUGUUCCAUCUAUCGUAGCAUCGGGCGUCUUUCUCUUUCUCUUGAAGCCAUCUUCACUAUCUUGUCUAAAGAAGUCCACUAUUCGCUUGUCACUUCUUGGUGUCACACUCACUUGUUAAUGAAUUUAAUUAAAUGCAAUAGGAUACAAAUGGAUAAGCGCACGGUAAUUUAGUUCUUACUCAGUCAUGGUUGAAUAGAAUCACUUCCAAUAGCAUUCGAGGGGCCGAUCGUACCAAUAUGACGAUUUAAGCGUUUAGCAGCACUAGGAAGAGUAGAGUCUACACGAUACCCGGUCUUCCGCAUAGUAAAAGAUCUUUUACCCAGAAAACUCCGGCAAAAGCGUACUCUUUUUAUAGUUGAAAGAUUUACUAUAGGUCGAAAGAGAAUAUAUUAAAAGAAUACGAACUCGAACAGGGAUACUCUAUUAAGGGAUUCCCCCUUCGAGCUUUCUUGCCAUAAGCGGAUUUCGGGAUUGGCUGUCUUGUUCAGUUUUGUUUUAAUGAAGUUCUCCCUUAAUCACAGGAAGAGGAACUCGAGCUCAAUAAGACUACUAAGCGAGCAAACCGCCCCUCCAGUUAGUUCCAUUUCUGGGGCAAAGCUGAGCACUCGGGGCAUAAGGGCCUGCGGUGAUUAUUAACACGCUUUUCCAGCCCAUAUCUUCCCACCUCCGGUCACAUGGGCUUUCGAGAGCCCGGUCUGGAUUGAAACUCUUUUUUAUGUAUGUCUCAUGUCUUUCAGCUCAGCGGGAUCCAGAGAAAGACAGACCUACCUACCGUGGCAAGAUCAAUAAAACAAAGUAGGCUUAAGAGAAGAACCUGUUUUCUUCUUAUUAUAUAUCCCAUCGUAUACAUCGGAAUAGAACCCUCUUUUUAAGAAUUUUAAGAAAGGCCCCUCUCUUAAGUGGGCCUGCACCUUUUAGGUUAUCCGGAAGGAAUGGAAUGAUUAAUGUGAUGUGAAACCUCCACAAAUAAAAGGCUCCUUGGACUUCUCUAUCAGUAUGGCCGGCCAAUCCGUGACAACCCCACAACAAAGAGUGAAAUGCCAAGCCCUUUCUCUAUUAAAAGCACCAAGCAUGCGCGCAAAAUACCUACUAAACCCCAAUCCACCUUGUUUGUGUACUGGAACAGCUACCACUUUCUUAGAGCAACACUAACUUACCGCUCUCUACUAUAAUAAAAUCCAAGAAAGAGAAUAGCUCAAUAAUAAAAAAACUGCCAUUAAUUACACACACGCAAGGAGUGGCUCGGCUAGAGGAAGAAGCCGGAGCCUAUGCACUACCAAAGAAUGGACCUGAUAGAAUCAAUCGAUUGCAUAAGAUAUACCAAAAAAACCACCUAGGAGCUUUCUUUCUUUCUUCAUCUGCCCCAUCUAUUUACUUAGCUGACAAUCGUAUAGAGCGUGAUACCUGUCCUCAAAAAUGGGAUUUAGGAAGCAGACUCCUCGCCUAUAAUAAAAGAGCUCUAUGUAUCGCUUUAGCUUUUGCGCUUUAGAAAGAAGAAGUUCAGUCUACGCUAGGAACGAGUUCCGGGCUAAGGACGAAGCAAGUGCUUUAACCCUCCUAUUUAUUAUUUAUGGUAAAUCCCUCUUCGCCUCGAGUCUGGUAGUACUAAAAAGGUUUGCUGCUCUUCUUCUUUCUGAAAGAUAGCUAUUCUUCGCCUCUCGAAAGAGGCUACGUACCUGUUAAACGAUAAGCGCUACGCUUUCCCCAGGGCUUUUACUUCUUGUCUACAGCAGUUCAAGUACGAGAAAAUGAAUUCCUCUAGCUAAGUUCCCUGUCGAGAGGGAAGAAAGGAUAAUUUACUUCGGGGCUUAAGGUAGUUCAGUCACCCUCAGGUCAUAAUAGAGUCUAGUAUGAUAUCGGUAGGAAGAUAAUGCAGCUAAGCCGAGACUUGCUUCUGAGGCAUUUCAGACUUGACUUGCUGUUGCCGAUAUGAUCUUUUCUCUUGUUUCAGAAGUGGAGUUUGCUGCUAUCGUAGAUAAGAGUGACGGAAUUGAUAGAGCGAAAUCAACCCUAGCUAGGUUUGAAAGGAAAGAAGAACUGCAGCUCGAUUUGAGAUUCAAUCUGGCAAUAGCUCUAGGGCAGGUUCUGCACCAGAUAAGAGAGUUGGGAUUGAGCUUUUACUAAAGGACCUAUUAUUGUUAUUGUAAAUUCCCAGUCUUAAGACGAUUAUCCCCGAUUCACCGACAUUAACUAUCAUUAACUAUACGGUAUAGUAGCAAUAGGAUAACAAAAAAAAGAAAUGUACUAGUCUUCCUAGAGGCUAGCUAAUUUCGUUCCAAUGCAGCUAUCUUUAGCUCUUUGCGGCUUAGAUCAAAUGUUAGCCUAUCCAUAGUACCCAGAGAUCUAAAUAGACCCGAUGCAUAGAGGUUACGGAGUCAACUUGCUUAGUGUCCUACACUACGGGGUCCAUAGCUUGAAGAAAGGCUCUUAGCGAAGCUACUCUAACUAAUUAGCUCCUAACAGCGGGAACAACAGCAUCUUUAGCUCCGACGCUACAGUUCGCUCAUCGGCUACAAUAACUACAAUAGCAACGGCUGCCCGCCAUAACCGCAUUUCAACCAACCGACUCACUUGCCUCUCCGGGAUGAGAACCCAUGAUUUGAUCUGCUAGCUUGAACGCCUGGAUCAUGCCAAGAAGAGAAGGUGAAGAAAAGACUGUCGGAACCGGUCGGAGGACUCUUUCAGAGCCCGCCCCCUCCUAAAGCCAUGAGAGUUGGUCAGAUCAAUCUAGCUAGCAUCCUAUGACUUUAGUUCCAGAGGCAAAUAACCCGAAACUGAAUAGGAAGCUCUUCCUGUCUAUAGGUUUAUACCACUAAAUGAUGGCAUUAGACCCUAACUACCUUGUUCCUGAUUGGAUUGCUUGUCUUGAUUCUCCUAGUUACUUCUCCACUUAACUCCGCUAUCAAACUAGGGAUAUUUGAACUAAGCCGAAUCUGUGGAGCGAGGACUGCUAACCCGACUCUGUUAAUCUGUUACUAAGCCGAAUCUGUGGACUGAGUCGCUAACUGCACUCUGUCUUGUCUUGAAAGAGGAACUCCAAAUUUUAAAUCCACAUAUAUACCUAUUCUACUUUCCUGCAAUAAUCUGAUAGCAUAUGGGGCUUUUACCAUAGUAGCUACUCACUCAUAACUCCCUCUAACGCAGGGAAGUAAUCCAAUCCCGAAAACGAAACUCUAGUCGCUAACUUCACAAGACACUUGUUAGACGGUUUACAAAGCACCGUGCUUUCUCGAAAGAUUCAUUCAUGCAGGCAAGUUCCUGAACCGAGCUCACUGCCUUCUUCGCUUAGGAGUGCCCUAUUGCUCUUUAGUAUCGAAUCUGUUCCUUCCCUACCUCCGGGAGUACCUAUGAACGAAGAACUGGUAACUAACCUCUUGACUAACGGCUUGCCUUCGUUAGAAGGAAAGAAGGCUUAUCCGCGCAAUCAACGUGUAUCGUUUACUUUGCUUUAAUGAAUGCUUAAAUCCCUACUUCCACAGCUUUAAUGGGCGAUUCUCCGUUCCUCAUUAGAGUUCGGAAAUUGCCCAGAAUCAUUGCAUUCAUUAGAAUAAGUUGAGCUCUUCACAAUGCUUAGUCUAUGAUUCAAUUACCAGUCCUGAACUCAAUUACCAAUCGUUCAGUCGUUUACCUCAUACUAGCUACUAGUUAGAAGUCCACUCUUAUACCUUUGAUAGAGCUUUCUCACUCUUCAUCAACAUAUCUUUCGGGAGAGCUGAUUCGCUCAGAAUUCCUGGUAAUACAUCUUCGGGAAGAGCUGCUUAUUCCCCAAUAGCAGGAGUAUCCUCGCUCGUAUGCUUGCUUUAUGGUCGAAACGUUGGUCGAGAUGCAUUACAUCUCAUAGUCGAGGAACGGGCUCCUUUCUUCGUAGGUGAUUGAGCUGAUUCGGGAGAUGGUACACUCGCUUAAAACAGAAUAGGGCAAAGCUUCUUCUUUAGCGACCCUCUUUCAUAAGCUAAUGUUCCGACUUCAGGCCUGGAUCGACUACUGACCUGUAUGCCGCCAUUAACCUAACCUUCUUGCCUCUCUAUGAUUGAGCAAUGUUGCGAGUCGGGGAACGAUAUAUGUCUUUUAAGAAUCACUUCUUUCGUCUAUGUGCUAUACCAGAAAGCGAGUAAGUAUACCUUGGGAAGGGGGCAAAGCCACUCGACUGUAAGGAGAGGGAUACGAACGAUAGGCGUUAAAGCGUCUUGGAAUAGAAUGGAGUUCCCGGUCGAUUUGACUACCUCCGGUUUUCACACUUUACUAAACGAAAAGAUUCUGAGAGUUGCAAUAUGUAUGGGAACGAUGAGUAGACCGAGUACUGCAUUUAUCUUGGUGGGGCUAAUAAGCCGCUCGACUGUAUAGGGUCCGAUGGGAAGCGAACCGGAAGACGUAUUCUCUCCUAUUAUGGAUAUUCAUGAUUCUACGAUAUAUGCCCGCUGUAGAUAAGCUUCAGCAAAUCACUUUUCAAAAUCUGAGCUAUGCCUGGAAGCUCUAAGCAAGUGAGCCGCCCGGGAAGGUAUACGAGCGAUAUAUGCAGUAGCUGUAGCUAGUUAGUCUUUCGGGGGUAUGGCAAGAUACUCGACCAGGUAAUCACUCUUUUAUAUGCAUCAACAAAAGCCGUAGCAAUGAAGCUUGAACGUCAGUCGAGUGACUUUCCACCAAAGGCUAAAGUAAAGUAAAUUACACUCCACCAACUCGUUCCGUAGUAGUCACUGGCAUCCUAUCUUUUCCUUACCGCUCCGUGGGUUGUUUAGGGCGAGCCAAUAGCAUUCCCUCUUCUUCUUGUUUAGUUAAAGGUCGUCCCUAGUCCGUCUAUAUAUCAUGUAAUGAUUAGUCAAUCUGGUGUAACAGACUCCACUAACUAGAAGGCUUAGAAUCACCACAUUCAUCAUCAACGAGAGUUCAAGCGUCGAAUAGGCCCAUCUUUUGAUCCGGUGAAUGACAUAGCUUAGCUUUCUAUAUGAUAAUUCUAGCCCGCCACCUUCCCGGUAGGGCAUCUCCUCUUUUACUCCUCUGAUCCUGUACCUAAGGACUAUGCUUUCUUUUUCCAUGAACUUCCUCAUAUCUUAUAGGUAAUAGAGUCUCAAAGCAGGGUCCCCCAAUGACAGCCUUCUUGUCUACUCACUUUUGGUACUAGUACACCUUUGCGUGGUUUCUGUCUUCACUUUAUGGCAAUUCUCUCGAUCUCUGAUAAGUCAGCUAAAGGAAGAAAACUCUAAUAGUUUCUAAGUGAGUAGCUUUCUUUCAGAAAGACCGGAACCUAACCUGUUGGCUCUGUUACCCGUAAACAAGUUACUGUUACUGGAGAUCCUUUGGGCAGCAGCUACUAUUGGGAUGAUAAAAAUUCGACAAUGAAACUCUUUAAGCAAUGAUCUUAUCUAUGUCAUUUCUCUUGGCGCGAUACAAAAGACGACUUUUGAGAGUCACUUAGCCCCUUGACUUCUUCUCUCAAAAAAGACGCUGUGCGGGCAAGUCGAUCAAAGUAAGAGCGGGGAGGGAAUGUUUACAGUUGUUGUAGUACGACUUUUCAUUUCCUGUUCGGUCUUUCAAUAAGUAGUCAGCUGCGGGCUAAGAAGCCUCGUAGUCAGACUUAACAUUGAUUGAAGCAGCUGUUGGAGAGACGGCACCAGUCAGACCUGCAAGCACCGGGUAGUAUGCAGCGGCAGUUUUUAAUCAUACAAUGUGUACUCGUAGUCUUACUUUUAGCGGUAGUCAGCUGUCCUCGUUCUCCUCUUUGAAUUGCCCUAUUGAGUUUGAGUAAGGGUCGGUGUUUGCAAAAAUAAAAAUGUCGAGCCGACGGGGUCGUUUUUCAAGCACGAAUAGAACGAUCUAAAGGGGUUGUGCAACCUAGAGAGAUGGCCGUCUCUCUUUGAUGAAUGUGGUAUCGAGGUUCGGUUCAUUUGGAAAAAAAAGAGGUAAGUCUUAGGGGAGACCAUGCGAAUGGUUGAAUUGAUGACUUCGCUUCGAUCAUUCAACUUUAGCUUCUGAAGGAAUCAUGUCACUUGGAAUUCCGGAAAGUGAAUCUUCUCUUUCAGAUUCUGGCCUUGGUAGAACUUGUCUUUGAUUGGGAUUUCGGUUGAAAAGAUGUUAGGCCGGUUCCUCAUGUGCCUAAGAAGCCGAGGCAAUCUCGAUUGAAGCCAAUUCAAGAUUUUCCUACUAAAUCUUUUUUAUAGAAAUAGCACUCGAUCAAAGGGGAGCAUAAGCAAGUUCAGUGGUUGAAACCUCUGUAAUCGAUCGAUGGGAACCUCAAAGCUGUCUGAGGCAGGAGCAAAGUCAUAUUAGGCACUGCCGCAGCAUCAACUGGUACAAGGAAGAGGCACGAUAGCGAAGAGAAAUCCAUCUCAAUCUAAAAAAAGCAUUGCCUUGGGCAUGCAACCCAAAAAGAUAGAAAGACCGCUCGCUCGAAUAAAGGUCUUUUAGAGCCUGGUACCAGCCAAGCCCCCUCGAUUCGGCAACAAGAGUUGGUUAUGGAAUAGUCUUUUGGUCGGCUUUCUCGUUCUUGAGCACUUUCUGGCCGGUGGGCUUUAUAGCGGACCUGCCUUGCUGACAGGGAGGAUAUGAAACAGAUAGUUGCGCUUGCCUUCACUUAGAAACUCUACGCCCCCUAUUAGAGUAAGGCAUGCUCUCGAAACUAGAUUCACUCGUUCUUUUCUCCGGCGAUUAACCUAUUCUAGAGCAGUCUGGUGAUUAGCCUAUCCCGCACUACUCGAAGCCUUCGUAAACUCAUUGUCGGGUUCUAGCGUAGUGGAGGUUGCUGUGAGGAGAUCCUUGUGCCAGUGAAGAUUGCUUCUAAUGAUCGGGAAAUAAUAAAUAAAAAAACCAUUGCUUUCUUUCCAACACUCCGGAUAGGCGGAAGGAUCUAUGUCCAUCCCCAACUUCCUUUCAAUCCACAUCGGAAAAUUGAGGCUUUCUCUACUGGGAGUCCUCAAAGGAGGAAUAAGGCAUACGCUGGUUCGAUAAGCCAAGGAAAAACAACCACCGCUUGGUUUGACACUCAAGCGACCCGCCCUGCUAAACAUCGAUGCAAAGGUUCUAUUUCACCACCUAUAUCUACCCAAC